AACAGUCUAACAGUGUCAACAGUGCUAACAAAAGUAAUACUGCCAACAGAACUCUUUCAACUUUCGUUUCGGUUUGGGUGCUCUUUCCUUUGAUACCCGGUUACGAUCCAGACUUGAUUAAGCACAAGGCUAUUAACAUUUAAGAGGUUUUCUUGCGUUAUAUUUUUCUUGGUAAAUGAUCCAACUCCACUUCAGUUUUCUUUUGCACAAGUUAAAUUUGAGGAUCACAUUGAUUGAGCUGAAGUGGUUUUUUUAUCUGGUCUUAAUGACUUUUUUCUUUUACUUUUCUUUUAAUUGUUUUUUUUGUUUGGCCUUAUUUUGCAGCAUUUGUUAUAUAAAGAAACAAAUUUCUUCAAUUCUGCUGGAUGUUUUGUUCUCUCGUCUUUCUUUGUAACAUUAUUUCAGCUAACCUUGGUUAAUAAAUACACUGGUUCUUAUUUUUUACAUUGUUUUGUUAUAAUUGCACUAUUAUCCUUUAGGAAAUGUCUGACGUCGAAAAAAAUAUUUCUCACUCUGGUGAUGAACACCAACCUAUUACCACUUCUGGUGCUCAAAAUGAAUUUGUUCAUAUUGGAAACAUGAAAGUCAGAAAAGAUGAACUAUUAAAUGCUUUCGGUGGUUCGUUGUAUCCAGGUAUCAUGGCCCCACCAACUCAUAAAUUUGCUAACCCAGGUCCUUUAGGUUUAUCUGCUUUUGCUUUAACUACAUUUGUAUUGUCUAUGGUCAAUGCUAGAGCAAUGGGUAUACACAAUCCAAAAGUUGUAGUUGGUUUGGCUUUCUUUUAUGGUGGAUUUAUUCAAUUGUGUGCUGGAAUGUGGGAGAUUGCUGUUGAGAACACAUUUGGUGGAACUGCAUUGUCUUCAUAUGGUGGAUUCUGGAUGUCAUAUGCUGCCAUACAAACAGAUGCAUUUGGAAUUGCUUCUUCAUAUGAUGAUGAGACAGAGUUGGCUAAUGCCAUAGCUUUCUAUCUUUUAGGUUGGACAAUAUUUACUGCCAUGAUCACUGUUUGCACUAUGAAGUCAACAGUUGCUUUCUUUGGAAUGUUUUUCCUUUUAACAAUUACUUUUUUGCUAUUAACCAUCGGCGAUUUCACAAGAAAUGAAAACUGUACUAGAGCAGGAGGUGUACUUGGUGUUAUUGUUGCAUUUAUGGCCUGGUACAAUGCUUAUGCUGGUAUUGCUACUCCUCAAAACUCUUACCUCACUGUCAAACCGGUUUUCUUACCAGGUGGUAGAGUAUAGAAAAGAAAAACUUGUUAUAUAUAAAUAUUCUUUGUUUGUUACUAUCUUCCUUUUUGUGAUUUACAAUUUUUAUUUUAUUUUCAUUUAUUUUAUUUUAUUUAUAUUUUUCUCUACCUUUAAAUUUAGAAUCCUUUAUAAUGGAAAAAAAAUAAAUAAAAAAAA